UAGAAUAAUAUUAUUAAAACGAGCCAGCGAGCCCGGUCUGCGGGAGAAGGUUAUGUUGAAACGGUGUAGAAAAGGUGGAGGAGGACGGUGGAAGGAGUUGCAACUUUCUCUCUUUCUCACCAGUUUCAUGAGGAGUUGUCGCGUGAGGUUUUUGCGCAGCUGAAUGGACUUGAGUUUAUUCCUCAGCACGCGGCUGGAUAUUAAAACGCGGCUCACUGUCAAACUUUUUGGGACCUUUUGUCACUUAUGGACUCACUGCGUUCUGAUUUAAUGUGAGACUGAGUGUGGGGAGACGUGGAAAUAAGGCACAAUAUAAUCUGCAGCGGUUUACGUUGUCGCCAUGUCCAUGCUCCCAACGUUUGGGUUUACGCAGGAACAAGUGGCGUGUGUGUGCGAAGUCCUCCAGCAAGGAGGCAACAUCGAGCGGCUGGGCCGGUUCCUCUGGUCCCUCCCGGCGUGCGAGCACCUCCACAAAAAUGAGAGCGUCCUCAAAGCGAAAGCCGUGGUCGCGUUUCACCGCGGGAACUUCCGAGAGCUCUACAAGAUCCUGGAGAGCCACCAGUUUUCCCCGCACAACCACCCGAAGCUGCAGCAGCUGUGGCUCAAGGCGCACUACAUCGAGGCGGAGAAGCUGAGAGGCCGCCCGCUCGGCGCCGUGGGGAAGUACCGCGUCCGGAGAAAGUUCCCACUGCCACGCUCCAUCUGGGACGGAGAAGAGACGAGUUACUGCUUCAAGGAGAAGAGCAGGAGCAUCCUCCGCGAGUGGUACACCCACAAUCCCUAUCCGUCUCCGCGGGAGAAAAGAGAGCUGGCCGAGGCCACGGGACUGACCACCACACAGGUCAGCAACUGGUUCAAAAACAGACGACAGAGAGACCGAGCAGCGGAGGCAAAGGAGAGAGAAAACAACGAGAACUCCAACAGCAAUAGUCACAACCCAUUGACUUCUUCAAUGAAUGGAAAUAAGACUCUAUUGGGCAGCUCGGAUGACGAUAAAACGCCCUCGGGGACGCCGGAUCACACGUCUCAGAGCCCGGCUCUGCUGCUCGCCUCAAACGCCGGUUUACAGUCCUUGCACGGCCUCGCUCCCCCUCCGGGACCCAGCGCCAUCCCGGUACCGGGCGGUGCAGACUCGGUGCACCAUCACCACUCUUUGCACCACGACACCAUACUGAACCCUAUGUCUUCUAAUCUAGUGGACCUUGGCUCUUAAAAACCGGCACUUGAAUAAACUCAAACACCCUCCCUCCUUCUCCUUCUCCUUCUUUUUUUUUUUGGAAAAGUAUUUCAGCGAGCUUGAACCACUUGCGGGAAAACUAUGGCGGUGAAAAAAGCCACAGUUACAAGUCAUUUAGCCCCAAUUUCUAAAAAACAAAACAAAACCUGAAAGUCUUACAAACACAACAGGAGAAGGAAAACCUUUGAGUGGACUCAGAAUCUCCAGCUAUCAACAUCCUUGUUACAAGGAACAAGUGACAAUAGAGCACUUACUUCAAAACAGUCGCCAUUUUCUUACACUAUUGGCAUAUUUAAUUUUUUAUUAUUAUUAUUAUUAUUCAUUUUACUACAAUGUAGCGUGAAAGAUGAAUACUUUUUUGCAGUGGUGGUGCAGAUGAAAGAUGAGUUUGGUUAUUUAAAAAACAGAGACUAAAAAAAGGAGGGGACAAAAUAAAUAUAUUUUACCGGAAUGUAAUAACGCAACCUGUUAUACUGUCGAAAACAAUACAAUAGAAUGUCUUAAUUCUUGUUAUUAUUAUAUCAUUUUUAGGGGUUUAGAUAUAUCAGCGGACUCUGUAUAGGCACUGAGUUAAAGGCACCCCAUCGCUUUUUUUUGUUUGUUCGUUUCCAUAUUUUUUUUUUCUAAGAGAGCCAUAAACAACCUUUUUUAAGUGUGGGCAGGGGGUGGGAUGUGGAGUAUGAUGAUGAUGAUGAUGAUAUAUCAAGUGUCUUAUAAGAGCCGUGAUGAGAUGCAAUAUCUUAAUCUCUUGAUGAUAUUGUUAUUAUUAAUAUUAUUUGCAUUUUUUCAUUUGGAAAGAGACUGCAUGUAAACUUUGCGACAAAUGAUGAAACAUAAAAAACGACUCACCUAUAGUUUCAUAUACCCUUUACAAUAAAAGAGAAAAAAAAUCAA